AUGAGUGAAUAAAUUUUUGAGUAUUUAUUAGAACGAAAAUUAGGAUUCGGUAAGCAUUAAUUAAGAUAAUUCUUUAUUAUCAGUUUUAUCGACUUCCUUGAUGGUGCUGAGUUUCUUUUUUUAUCAUUACUAACACCAACAUUAAAAUAGGAAUGGAAUUUAUCAAUUGUUGAACUUUCCAUUUUUGGUGGCUCAUUUAACUUAGGCUUAAUGAUAGGUUCAACAAUAUGUGGAUUCUUAGCUGAUAGAAUAGGAAGAAAACGUAUUUUAAUAAUAGGAACAAUUUUGCAAGUAUUUUAUUGAUUUAUGCUAUAAAGACUGGAGUCGUUUUUCUUACAGUAUUUUCUUAAAACAUACUUCAGAUGAUCCUGCUUCGACUUACAUAUGGAACUGUAAUAGGAAUGAAUCUUCCUAUUAGUUCAAUAUUAAUGAUUGAAGUGACUCCAAAACUUCAUCGAGGUAAGAUUAUAGUGGCACUAUAAAUUAUGAUAUUGUUGGGACGAUGUUGGAUUAUGAUAUUAGGAUAUAUUUUUAUGGAAGGCAUUUCAAAGGGAAACUGGAGAGCGAUCUCUUUAUGUAAUAGCAUUCCAUGUUUGUUUUGUCUAAUUGGUACAAUCUUUUGGAUUUAAGAAUCUCCAAGAUUUUUGAUUUUACACUAAGAAAUACAAAAAGGAAUUGAUAAUUUAAACAAUAUCGGAUAAUUUAAUAAUUCAGAAUACGAGAUGUUGACUGAUAAUGAAAUAUUGAGUCUAAAAGAGUGGGCAUCAUAGUAACAUUUACACCAUCAAUAAGAAAAUAAUUCUAUUAAGCAACUGUUUAAUUCGGANAUGUAACCAUUCUUAGUUUUGAACAUAAUUCAUUAACAAAAUGAGAAUAGAUUGAGAUCAUUUUCUAUUUCACACUAUUCUUUAUUUUUUAAUUUUUAGGAUUAGACAUAAUCAAAAAAAUAAACAUCUUCAUUUACUUAAAGUCUACUAAGAUAUAAAUACUAAUAAUGA